AAUUUUCUUUACCUUUUUAUUUUAUCAGGGAGUCAUACUGAGACCAAGGUCUCUUUUUACAGAUGAGCCCUGAAUUAUAUCAUAUGAUUGUGGUUGGUUAUAAUGAACGUACCUUUUAUCAGAUAGUAAAACACCUCCUCUUUUCAGCCUCACCAACAGAUGUCACCUCUACAGUUUCAGCUGUUUCCCCUGCAGCCCCUCCUGCCAACCCCUCUACCCCCCCUGGUAGAGACUUCAUCAGAAGACACAGGAUGGCUCUAGAGACUCGCAUGGCACUCUUACCGUCCUUAUUCCGCAGUCUCCAGGAUUGUAGGGUUCUGAAUGACGAGGAGAGGGAGGAGGUGGACAGCAAAUCCACCAAGACCCUACAGAAACAAGCCCUGCUGGACAUGGUGGUAAGGAAGGGGGCUCGCGCCCAGAAACACUUCUACCAGGUCCUGAAGGAAGUAGAUCCCUGGCUGGUCGAAGACCUGGAAGAGCAGUCAGACUGAGACGGGUGCCACGGAUACAACAUCAUCAGGAUAUAUUAUAUCACUAUACUAAUACAUGCUCUGAAAGAGACAGACAGACGGAGGUAGCCAUGGAUACCACCUCACAACCUGAGAAGAUAUCAACAUUUAUCAGAGACAGAGAGCAGUAAUUUGAGGAGGAGCCAUCCUGACCAGAAGUGGUUGGUGUGUAACGUGAUUGGACACCAUUCUCACCAGCACUCCCAUCAGUCUGUAGUUUACUAUACAAGCCCCAGGUCUCAGGCAAGGUGACAUCACUGAGGCUACUGUCUACCAGACAUCCUACCUGUGUUACGCUGGUACCCUGGCUACAGACUACAAGAUCAGGGUUACUGUCUACCAGACAACCUACCUGUGUUACUCUGGUACACUGGCUACAGACUACAAGAUCAGGGCUACUGUCUACCAGACAACCUACCUAUGUUACACUGGCUGCAGACUACAAGAUCAGGGCUACUGUCUACCAGACAACCUACCUGUGUUACUCUGGUACACUGGCUACAGACUACAAGAUCAGGGCUACUGUCUACCAGACAACCUACCUAUGUUACACUGGCUACAGACUACAAGAUCAGGGCUACUGUCUACCAGACAACCUACCUGUGUUACCUGGUACACUGGCUACAGACUACAAGAUCAGGGCUACUGUCUACCAGACAUCCUACCUGUGUUACUCUGGUACCCUGGCUACAGACUACAAGAUCAGGGCUACUGUCUACCAGACAACCUACCUGUGUUACUCUGGCACACUGGUUGCAGACUACAAGAUGAUUGAAUUUCUAUCUGGAACAUGGUGAAUGUUGAAUCAUCUUGGACAGGUCUCAGGAAACAACAUGUGAGACAACAUCUACCAGACAACUGACUUGUACUGGACAGCUGUACUGGCUGAACACCAGAUCAAGAUAUAUCUCUGCUUAGAUAUAUUGUAUACGUUUAUAUAAUGGUAUUUUUAAGAGCAUCCAACUUUUUAUAUUUUCAUGUCAUUAUUUUCCAACAAUAGGGACAAGUGGUCUCCUUUUGUGAUUGUUCAGGAAAAAUAGACGCAACUCGCUCUUGAGAUUACAAAUACUGUAUAUCCUUUAUCUAAAAAUCUGUACCCGAUUAGGGGCUGGCUGUUUGGCAACUGAGGAACGCUGACAGUCAGGUCACAGUGGAUCAGAUGGUGGAGAGAUACAGUCCUGAGGGAGCUGUUGGAGAUCACACUGAAGACCCUGAGGAGGAGGAACCAGAAUGAUCUGGCUAAAUUAGAGAGGUGAAACAGUAGGGAACAAUUAGUCUGUUCUUUAGAAGUUCAGUUCCUUGUUUAUAUGUUGACUGUCAUCAUCUUUCCUUCACACAACUAGAACCACAACUUGUCACCAAACUGAGAACCAUCCUUGAUACCGUAGCCCUUGAAAUGAUGUAGACAGUUAAAUAAUGAUCAUUUCUCGACAAAACAAUAAUCCUAAUGUAGGUUUAUUUUUUUUAUGGGCUAAUUAUUCCUCAACCUGCUCACUUGAUCCCAUCCCCACAAUGUUUUUGUUUGUUUGUUAAACGAUGUCUUAGAAAUUGUAUAUUGCUCUUUAUUUUGAAGCUGGUUGAGGGAAUGCCAAGAGUGUGCAAAGCUGUCAUCAAGGCAAAGGGUGGCUGCUUUGAAGAAUCUCAUAUAAAAUGUAUUUUAUGUUUAACACUUUUUUGGUUACUACAUGAUUCCAUGUUUUAUUUCAUAGUUUUUAUGUCUUCACUAUUAUUCUACAAUGUAGAAAAUAGUAAAAAUAAAGAAACCCUGGAAUGAG